AGGGAUUUGGGGCAGUUUUCCCUUCUUGGGGGAAAUCAAAGCCAUGCACGGAUGCUCCGAAUUAGGGCUAGGAGAACUGACGGCUUUGCUCGGAGCCGGUGGCAGCGAACACGCAGCGCUGGGAAAGGCGGGCCGGGAGGUGCGGAGAACUUUGUUGGUGUUUGCAGCUCGAUGCCGCCUCGGGCCCGGGCCCGUGCCAGGGCUGUUCCUCAUCUCCGCCUUUCCCCUCACACAGCCCGGGGGGCGCGGAGAGCGCGGGCCGAGGCUGGGCCGUGUGCAGAGCCCGCGGCUGGCUGUGUGCGAUUGGCUGACGGUGGCGUCAGUCGUGGUUGUGCGGCGCUGAUUGGGCAGAGCGGGGAGAAGCGCGGGGCCGGGCCCGCCCCCCGAGAGGCGCCAUUGGCGGAGCGCGUGUGCGGGCCCGGGAGCGGCGGCAGCGGCCGGAGCCCGGUGAGGCGGCGGCGGAGCUCGGAGGCGGCCCCAGCGCAGGAUUUUUCAUUCCCAAGGAGUGGAUGGAUGGAGGAGGAGGAGGAAAAGCCCCAGAUAUGCACCAUGAGGGGCAGCUGCAAACCCAGCACAGGGAGCUGCAAGGAGGAAACACCUGUCCUGUGGCAGGAGGGUGGUCGGAGCUCCAGCUGGACCUCAGCGCUGGGGGAGAAGCCUCAUGGAGGGCAGAAGCCCUACAAGUGCUUGGAAUGUGGGAAGGGUUUCAGCCAAAGCUCCAGCCUUCUCCAGCACCAGGUGAUCCACACUGGGGAGAAGCCCUACGAGUGUGGGGAGUGUGGGAAAAGCUUCAGCCACAGCUCAAACCUGAUUCGGCACCAGAGGAUCCACACUGGGGAACGGCCCUAUGAGUGUGUGGAGUGUGGGAAGAGCUUCAGCCAGAGCUCAAGCCUGGUCCAGCACCAGAUGGUCCACACCGGGGAACGUCCCUAUGAGUGUGGGGAAUGUGGGAAGAGCUUCCGCCGGAAGAGCUACCUGAGGGAACACCAGAGGAUCCACACUGGGGAAAAGCCCUUCGAGUGUGGGGAAUGUGGGAAGAGCUUCAGUCAAAGCUCCCUGCUGAAGGAACACCAGAGGAUCCACAGUGGGGAAAAGCCAUAUGAUUGUGGGGAGUGUGGGAAGACCUUCAGCAAGAUUGCCCACCUGCUCCAUCACCAGGUAAUCCACACAGGGGAACGGCCCUACAUGUGCUUGGAAUGUGGGAAGAGCUUUGGGUGGAGCUCUGCCCUGAGAAAACACCAGCUCAUCCACACGGGGGAGAGGCCCUACGAGUGCCCUGAGUGUGGGAAGAGGUUUCAGAUCAGCUUCAAUCUCCUCCUACAUCAGCGGAUUCACACAGAUGAGAGGCCCUUCCGCUGUCCUGAUUGCGGGAAGGGCUUCAACCGCAACUCCAGCCUCACUGUCCAUCGACGCAUCCACACCGGGGAGAGGCCCUACGAGUGUCCUGAGUGUGGGAAGAGAUUCUCACAGAGCUCUCACUUGACCCAACACCAACAGAGGCACCACUAAACAAAGCCCUGUGAGUGCCCUGAGAGCAGGAAGAGCUUCGUGCGCUACUCCAACUCCAUUCCCCAUGGGAGGAGCAUCCACAUUGGAUGAUCCCCAGUGACCCCCGUUGGGCAGAGCCCUGGUGACCCCUGUUUUGAGUGAUUCCUGUUGGGUGAGGGGAAAGUGUUGGAGAGGUUUCUUUCCUUUGUCCUUAUGCUGCCUUGAUUUGGUUGGUAAUAAAUUCACUCCCUCUGUUCA